UCUCAAUAAAUAAAGUAUAUUAUUAUCAUUUUUAUCGAUAUUUUUGUUCUUGUAGUUGUAAGUAUAGAAAACAUCACAUUUAUAAUACUGUAUACUCACAUCCGAAGCAGAUAAUGUAUCUAUUUGAUUUGAAAUAAAUAAAUGAAUAAAAUAUUUGUAUUAUUCAAUCAAAAAGGCAAAAGCCAUUUUCAAGAGAAUGCAUUUCACAACUUCAAUAACAUACAGAAAACUUAAUAAAUAUAGAUUGAUAUCAUCUGGCCGCAAAUAUAUUAAACAAAAAACUUACAUUAAAAAAAAAAGUAUAUAAAAUAUAUAUUUAUCCAUCUACAGGUGGCAGAAGAGCGCCGUAGGUGAGCCUCGACUGCUGAUAAUAAACAAAAGAAGAAGAAGAGCAGUUUGUUUCCGGUGUCCCCCGGAUGUUUUGGAUGGAGGGGCGGCGGACCUGAAGACGACAAAAAUGGCGAUCCAAGUGUCGAACACGUACAGAAUGACAGACAGAGACAUCAGACUGAUGAUACAGCUUCGUGCCACCAAUGCUGCUAUCUUCACCGGGAGGAAGAACUCUGCCAUGAGAGGCUGGAGGGCAAUCAGAAAAGAGAUGGGGCUCCAGGGGAUGCUGUCAGCACGGCAGCUGAAGAAGAAGUGGGACAACUUGAAAGACAAAUAUAAGGUGCUGAAGAACCCUCCGUUGGGCAUGGAGAUGACCCAGCCCAACUCAUGGCGCUGGUUCCACCUGAUGGAUGAGGCGUUAAGUGGAGGCCUGGCAGGGACCGCCACCAUCGUCCAGCCCUCCCCGCUGGAUGAGGACGAGGAGGACUUCGCCUGCCAGUCUCCGCUCGGUCUCCCCAACACAGAAGCAGCUUAUUCUGGACUGACUCUGGAGUGCGUUGGGUCGCUGGAGGACGUCCUGGAGCUCAGUGGAAUAGAAAGAGGUGGCAAAGUUGAAGCUGUGAGCAGAACUGAAUCACCUGCAGAGGUUGUUUUGGCUACAGUAGAGAGAGAUCGUGUAAGAACCCCUCAGUGUGAGCCGACCGUGAUGGAGAGUCAACCUGUGAUAAACAAAAACCAGACUUCCAUACUGUACGCCACCUUACUGCCUGACGUCACCGCGAACACUAACAAGAUGCCUUCUUUCUCCAGACACACCGUCAGGGGGGACACUGUCAGGGAAAGGGCCGAGGUCGACGAAAAGCUGGUUGAGCUGCAGCGAGAGUGGCAGGCUCUGGAGAGAGAGCAGGCCGAGUUUGACAGAGAGCUGAUAGGUUUAGAAAGAGACAGAGAGCUGCUGAACAGAGACAUGGCCACUCUGGAGAGAGACAGGACAGUUAUAGAGAGAGACAGAGCGGCUGUGGAGAGAGACAGAGCAGCUGUGGAGAGAGACAGAGUAGCUGUGGAUAGAGACCGGCUGCUUCUGGACCGAGACCGAGCGUUUCUGGACAGGGACAGAGCCUUUUUAGAGAGGGACCGAGUGUUUCUAGAGAGAGCCAGAGAGGAUUUUGAGAGAGAGCGAGGGCUGUUGAGGAGAGAGAGGGACGUCCUGGAGAGGGAGGGGACGACUGUGGAAGGACAUCACGCAGCGAGGACGACAGAGAAGGAAGUCGUUCUGCAUACCCGGUUCUACCAGAGCCUCAUGGCUGCAGAUCUGGAUCCAGACCAGCUGGAGACCAGACAGAGACUGGUGUCUUUGUUCCAGAAGCUUGUUGAGAAGCUGUGAGCGGAAGAUGUAUUGUUCUUUGAAGUAUAGUAAAUCCUUGUGAUAAAACUUUGGACCUCUGACAAACUGUUUCUGGCAGUUCGGUUCUUCCUGUUGCUAACUGCUCUUCAUGUGGUAAUAAAGACUCUGUGUUUCUCUG